CAACAUCAGAACAGUAUAUGAAUAUGGCAAAUGCUGUUUUGACAUCAUUUCCUGCCAUCCUGAGAAACAGUGAUCUCGAGGAGCAUGAAUUGCAGCUGCAAUGGAAAUUGCGCAUCCAGCGCAAGUUUCAGAAUUCAAGAAAGAGGCAGGAUUCCAAAGUGACUGAGGUGACGUCAAGGAAAAAGAAGAUCCCUUGCAUAGCGCCAAAAGAGACUACAUGUCUACUGAUGUAUGGAGUAAAGGCUUACCUUCCACCAAGGCCCCAUUCAGAAGAUGAUGAGUCAUUAGAGAGACAUAGACAGUGGCUUGCUCUACAUUGGAUGAAGAAAGAUCUCGAGUUAGAUAAGACUGAACGCCUCAUGCAGUUGACACUCUCUGAGAGACGCAAAAAAAUAAUCAAGGGGAACAUUCUUGUAGCAGAAAUCCUGAACUUGUACCCGUGGAUUCAGACUUUUGAUGGCAUAAAUAAUCAAGGAGUUCCUGAGAUUAGAACCACAAGCGGAUGAACCAGACCCAAGAGUAGCAGUUUUGAAAGGGCUGGAGAAAUAUAGGCUCCCAAUAAUUGCCAUUCUCAAAAAAAGAAAAGCAGUUCCUCUGUAUAUGGAAACCUUACUUGAACUCUAUGACCACGAUGAAAGUCAAUGCGAAUGCUUGCUUAGUUAUAUUGGGGUUACUUCACCUGCUUGGAGAAAGGAAAGACUCCAUUUUUACUAAGGUACCAGAAGAAGAACUAAGAACAGGGCAGCCUAGUGUGUAUUUGAUGGUGCACCUGUAGCUGAACCAACAUGUAUUUCUAUGGCUGUAGUCUCAUUGGUAGCAGGGCUUUGUGUUUAAUAUUGAACACCCAAAAAAUUGUGAACAUUUCCUCCGUUUCACAACAUCCCAUCUCUUAGGUAUCAAGUAUGACAAAGGUAACACUUCAAAAACAAGAUCUCUACUUGUAAAACUCAAUGAAGUAAAGACAGAAUUAAGCUACAAAAAUGCAUAAAUCUGCUUCCAAAUAUAUUCAACUCCACACAUAAUGCCUCUCUCUCUCUCUCUC